UGGGGCUGCUCUCAGACUCAGGUCUGUCCACCCAUCAUCAGCAACAGCGCGUCCUCGUGCGCCAACGACCGGGUGGUGGUGCAGUUCGACCACUGCCGCGACUUCGUCAUCCCCGUCUGCGAGGAGUUCAUCGAGAACUGCGCCGAGGGCGCGCUGUCGGUGGAGGUAUGGGGUCAUCGCUCAGCCGGCUUCAGUUCGUCCGUCCCCACCACGCUGGACGUGGUUGACAGCCAGCUGGCCAAGGCGCGCUCCCUGGCCGACCGCUGGGCCGAGCUCACGCGCAAGCUCGAGCUCUGGGUGGAGCUGCAGGAGCUCAACGACCACGGCGAGUACCAGCCGGUGGAGGUGUGCGCGCGCACGGACGUGGCCUCGGGCGGCGUGUAUCAACUGCGUCAGGGCCAACAGCGCCGGCUGGCCGUGCGCGUGCUGCCCGUGCUCAACUCCGGCACGCUGCCGCUGGUCUGUGACGCCAUCUCGGCCAUCAGCAUCGGCAGCGUGACGUGCCGGUACCGCAUGCAGAAGCCGCUCGACUCGUACCAGGAGGCGGACCUGAACCAGCUGCGCGAGCGCUGGUCCAGCGCGCUGGUCCGCCGCCGCCAGUACCUCGACUCGCACCUGCAGAAGAUCAUCAAGAAACAAGACAAGACCGAGGCGGACAACGAGCGCGAGAAGUCGCUGCUGGACCAGUGGAUCCAGCUGAACGAGGAGCGUAACGCCGUGCUGGUGCCGGCGGCCGGCAGCGGCAUCCCGGGCUCGCCGCUCUCGGCGCACGUGCAGCAGCGCGCCGGCCUCGAGCGGCACGUGCCCGUGCUCUUCCUCAACCUGAACGCGGAUGACCUGAGCUCGGGCUCUCUGGCGGGCGAGCUGGCGUGCGCAGGGGUUAACUCCCACCUGCCCAAGGAGCACGGCGAGCACAUGGUGGCGCUGCACCCGGUGCGCGCCGCCGACGGGCCGUGCGUGGCCGCCGUGGCCCAGUGGGACUCGAGCGUGCACGACUCGGUCUACCUCAACAGAAUCACACCCGCCAACGAGCGGGUGUACCUGGUGCUGCUGGUGCGCGUGCGGCUCUGCCAGCCGCUGCCCAUGGACAUCGUACUGCGCAAGCGACUCGCCGUCAACAUCUACAAGCCGACCUUCACCAACAAGCUGAUGCGCAGCAUCUCGCUUCGUCGCACGGACCAGGUGGAGGCCACCGGCGUCGUCUACGAGGUCGUCUCCAACAUUCCGAAGGCGAGCGAGGAGCUGGAGGACCGCGAGUCGCUGGCGCAGAUCGCCGCCUCGGGACAGGAGGCCAGCGACCCGGACGGCGAGACGUACAUCGAGAAGUACCUGCAGGGCGUGAGCGCCGUGGACAGCAUCCUGCGACUGGACCGGCUGCGCCAGAGCGUGGCCGUCAAGGAGCUGAUCCAGGACGGCGCCGGCCCCCUCUCCGGCACCGGCAGCAUGCGCAAGACGGCCAGCGUGCCCAACAUCAGCUACUUCCACCGGCCGGACGGCGUGAACCGGUCCGAGAGUUUCCUGGAGUUGAGCGGGCUGCCGGCGGCCGGCGACUCCGCCGACCCUCCGCACCACCGGCUCUCACUCGGCGGCCAUAAGGCAGACAGCUCCGGCCGCACCGCCAAUCGGCCCACGUUCCUGAACCUGACGGCCGGCGGCCGCCUGCAGGGCGCCAUGUCCAAGUCCACUCCCAGCCCGGGCUCGCUGAAGCUGGCCUCGAGGAUGAGCACGCUGCACGAGGACCACGACCGCGAGGGAUCGCCGGAGCGCGCCGACGCCGCCGGCUCCGCCCAGCCGGCCCCGGGACGCGGCGCGGCUGCUCGGACGCGGCUCUCCGGGCGCAUGCGCAGCUCGCGAACGUUUGACUCCCUAGUAGAGAUCCCGGCCCCGGCCAAGACCAACUCGCCCAGCGUUACCUCCAGCGGCUACGGCUCGCAGGCGGUCAGCUCGUCGAACCUGUCCAGCGAGGACUCGGUGUCGCUGCAGAGCAUCGACGAGACGCCCGACUCGGAGGCGAGCGUGGUGGCGGCACGCCGGCCUGCCGACACCAGCCGGCGGGAGUCGGAACGGCCGCCGGCGUCGGCCGCCGCCCCGGAGCCGGCGGAGGGGCAGCGGGAGGAGGGGCAGACUCAGGAGAAUAAGGGGCAGCCGCGGCCCGGGGAGAGUCAGCAGGAGCCUGCGGGACAGGCUCCCGAGAAUCACCAGGAGCCGGAGCUCCAACCUCAGGAGAUUCCACGGGAGUCCCAGCCGCAACCUCAGGAGAAAACUCAACCAGAGCGAGAGCAGGAGAUUCAGCGGCAAAUGCGUCAGGAGUUCGAGGCGGAGCAGGGAUCAUCGUUAGAAGGGCUUCAGGAUCCGCCGCAGCAAAUCCAGCAGGAGCCGGAACAGAAGCCCCCGCAGCUUGAACACCAGCAGGAGCCUAGUGAGGAGCAAGGGGAGCCUCUGCAGCAGGAGCCUAACCAUGACACGCAGCUGGAUUCCAACGGCCAGGACUGGGAGGACCAUGAGGCGGGCAAGCCGCAGACUGACAACUGUAUUGCCGGCCUGGCCGAGUGGGUGACGCCCGGCGAGGCGGUGCUGGUGCGGCCCCAGUCGCUCUCCGGCCACAUCCGCUUUGUCGGCCCCGUCCGGUUCGCGCCCGGCUGCUGGGUGGGCGUCGACCUCGACCUGCCCCAAGGGAAGAACGACGGCAGCGUGAAGGACGUGCAGUACUUCCAAUGCCAGCCGAGGCACGGCAUCUUCGUGCGCGUCGACAAGCUGAUCUGGGACCAUCGGCGCAGUCGGGCGCAGCGGGCGCGCCCGAGCCCGGCGGCCGCCGCGGCCGGCUCCUCCCGGCGGGCGUCGACCAGAGACUGGCACGACUGA